AUGCUAUGGGCCUUCUCCAUCUGGCUCGAGUCCGUCGCGAUCCUACCACAGCUGUUCAUGCUGCAAAGAACGGGCGAGGCAGAAACAAUCACCACGCACUAUCUCUUUGCGCUGGGCGCGUAUCGCGCGCUGUACAUUCCCAACUGGGUCUGGCGAUACUUCACCGAGACGACUUCUACAGGGGGCGGUCAUUUCGAUGUGAUUGCUGUCCUUGCUGGGAUCGUGCAGACGGUGCUGUAUUCGGACUUCUUCUGGAUUUACUAUACCAAGGUUCUGCAGGGCAAGAAGUUCAACCUCCCGGUAUAG